AUGGGUGUCAUCAACUUGACGCGUGGUCGUAACGACCGUGCUGUGGUCGAGGAUCUGCGUCCUACUCAGGAGGCCGAGGAAAAGAAUGAUGUCAACGUGGAGCAGAACAGGGUAGGAAGUGAUAUGGACAAUUUGGAUCGUUCAGAGAAGGAGAUUCAGGAACACCCGGACCAGGUCAGCGCCAAUGCUGCCUCAGGUGUGCGCAAGGCCGAGGCUGUGGCUCUGGUCUGGGGAAAGAAGACCGUCUACGCAACAUAUGCUUGGAUCUGGGUUUGUUUCUUCAUGCUGGCUUUGCAUUCCUCCAUUGGUAGCAACGUUCUCUACUAUGCCUACUCCAAUUUCCAGGAUGCUUCGCAAGUAAGCACGGCUUCUAUCUUGGCAAGCAUCGUCGGUGGAGUCCUCAAGCUCCCCAUUGGCAAGAUCUUGACCUUGUGGGGACGUGCUGAGGGUCUUAUCAUCUUCACGGCCGUCUAUAUUCUCGGAAUUAUCAUCCUGGCUGCUUGCGAUGGACCUAACAGCUAUGCUGCUGGUUACGUCCUCUACUGGGUCGGAUAUGAUGCCAUCUACAUCAUCCUGGAUAUCUUCAUCGCCGAUACCUCGGGUAUGCGCAACCGUGCUUUCGCUUUCGCUUUCGCUUCGACUCCGUUCAUUUGCACGUCUUUCACGGGUCCGUUGGCUGCCUCCAACUUUAUCAAGACCUCUGGGUGGCGCUGGGCCUACGGCUCCUUCGCCAUUAUCAUGCCCUUCGUCCUUUUGCCUCUGGCUGCCGUUUUCAAGUACUACGAAAACAAGGCCCGACGCAUGGGUGUUUUGCAGCGCCGAGUCAGUGGCCGAACUACCAUGCAGUCCAUCGUUCACUAUCUGCAUGAAUUCGACAUCCUCGGUGCCCUUAUCUUGAUGGCAGCCUUCAUCCUGUUCCUGCUGCCAUUCAGCCUGAACACAUAUGGUCGCGCUCAGUAUGGCGAAGCCGCCUUUAUCGCACCAUUGGUCAUUGGCUUCGUGCUCUUCUUCGUUUUCGCUGCCUGGGAAAAGUGGUUCGCCCGCACCCACUUCAUCCCCUAUCAGCUUUUCCGGGACCGCACCGUCUUCGGCGCCUGCGCUCUGUCGGCCAUCCUCUACUUCAGCUUCUACUCCUGGGAUCUAUACUACUACUACUUCGUGAUGGUUGUGUACAACCUGGACGUGGCCAAGACUGGUUACAUGACCGCCAUCUAUACCGUCGGCUCAUGCUUCUGGUCUCCUAUCUUUGGUAUCUGGAUCCGCUACGUGAAGGAAUUCAAGCACACCUGUCUUUUCUUCGGACUUCCAUUGAUGGCCCUCGGUGCAGGACUUAUGAUUCACUUCCGUGGCUCGGACGGCGAUAUCGGAUACGUGAUUAUGUGUCAGAUCUUCAUCGCAUUCUCCGGUGGCAUGCUAGUCAUUGGAGAGCAGAUGGCUGUUAUGUGCGCCUCUGACCGCGAGGGUAUCCCUAUGAUGAUCUCCUUGGUCUCUCUAUUCUCGAGCUUGGGUGGUGCGAUCGGCUACGCCGUCUCUGCGGCGAUUUACGCCAACACUUUCCCCCAGGGCCUGCGUGAGGCCUUGCCUGCCAGUUCCAAGGACCAGUGGGCGGAAAUCUACGCUGGCGGCUAUCUUGCUCAGAUGAAGUACCUUCCGGGUACUGAGACUCGUGAUGCCAUUAACUUUGCCUAUGGCUACAGUCAGAAAUACGGCUGUAUUUCAGCUACGGCGGUGCUCGUGCUUGCUGUUCCCUGCAUCGCCAUGUGGAAGAACUACAAGGUUGACAAGGAGCAGAACAAGGGUACUGUGCUUUGA